CGUUUUUCAGAGGCUGUGAGGAGUUCGCAUAAGUUUUUUUCAUAAAGUACAAACUCGUUGUACAUUGCUGUAGUUAAAAUGAAGGCUUUUGAGAAAAUUAUGGUGCCCCAGCCUCCAAAAGCAAGGAUUUUGUUAUGGGCAGAUCUAAAACAGAGUGAUAUGGAAGAGAUUGAGAAGACCAAGUCCAUACAGGAGAUUGAAAGGAUUUUGUGCCAUGCAUUGAUUACUGAUGUGGCUCAGCCAAAACAGGGAGUUCUGCUUGAGCUGUAUACAAAUCUAGUGCUGUUCUGCAGGGAGCAGAAUUUCAACAGGGAGCAAACUUCUGUUCUCAUCUCCAUAAUCAAGAAUGUGCAUCAGUUUAACACAGAAACAUCCCUCAAUAACAUGAAUCACUGUUUUACACACUGCAGUGAACUUCUGCUCUGCCAUUCAGUCAGGAGACCACCUUUCAGUAUUGAUCUUUUCAGCUCGGAGCAAGUGCAGCAAAUUUUAUUCAAUUUCAUCAACACAUAUAUGAGACACUACUUUUUAUACAAAUACAUAUUUACACCAGAGGUACGUUUGGAUUUAUCCUUGUCAUAUAUUGGAAUACCUGAGGACACAGAAGAAACAGCCAAAUCUGAGAGCACUUUAGAUGGAGAAGGGGAAACUGAAAGGGAGAUAGAGAUGGAUGGAGAAGUUCAACAAAGUAUGGCAUCACCAGAAAUGAAGACCAUAGAGAAAGACAUUCCCAAACAAGGUCCCACUCCACAGUCUGUGCUCAGAACUAUAGUUCAAAAGGAAGUCCAAGAGGAAGUGAUGCGCUUGACUGCUCAGCUUGAAAAACGGUUGCAGGACAGUGCUGAUCAUCUUAAUUGCGCCAUUAGUAAACUGGAAAGCAGCAUUAAAGUAGUAAGAAAAUAGAUAUUCCAUGUUU